AUGGCUAACGGGUACCGCACGCUCUCCCAGCACCUCAACGACCUCAAGAAGGAGAAUUUCAGCCUCAAGCUCCGCAUCUACUUUCUGGAGGAGCGCGUCCAGCAGAAGGGCGAGGGCAGCCGGGACGAUGUCUACCGGCGGGGGGGGGCCCCCGGGGGGCAGAACAUUGAGCUGAAGGUGGAGGUGGAGAGCCUGAAGCGGGAGCUGCAGGAGAAGCAACAAGCCCUGGACAACACAUGGUGA